AUGAACCAGUCUUUCAUGGUGGUGGUAAUUUAUGAAAUCCAUUCAAGGCUUGCAUUCUGCAUGCUCGAAGACAACACUUGGACAGACCUUGGUGUUAAUGAAGGUUACUGCGAUAUCAUAUGCUACGAGAAUCAGCUUUCUGCACUUACAGACAACGGUUUGAUUACAGUAUUGGAUUUUCGUAGCCCUUUUCCCGCAAAAAUUAUCAGAUCUUCUGCACCAGUUUUCGAAGUUGAUCACUGUGAGAACUUUCCACGAAAUAAGUUUUUCACUCAAUCUUACUUGGUGGAAUCAUUGGGAGGUCUUUUGCUUGUCGAUAGGAUCGUCGGCUACUUUGUUAAUUCAGAGGGGAUAGCAGUGGAUGAAUAUGAUCUUCUUAGCCCUGACGAUAUGCACCCUUUGGUUUGUCCAUACUGUACAAAGCUAUUCAAUGUCGAUGAGUUAGAUCACAAACAUGAGAGAUGGGAGAAAGUGGAAUCUUUUGGUGAUCGAGUGAUAUUUGUAGGUGGAAACUACUCCAUGUCGUGUCCAUUUGUAAUCUUGAAGGAUGUGAAUCGAAUACUAUUUACUUCUCCGAUGAUAGCUGGAAUUAGGUGGAUGAGGAUUACUUGUAUGGCGGUCAUGAUUUCGACAAAUUCAACUUGA